AGUGUGAAGGCUACAAAGUUCUGGACAGCGCUGACAGGAAGAAUACCUACGCUUUGGGCGGAAUUGCAUGUGACGACGAAAUAGAAGAAGCGUGGUACCGCUUCACAGGAGCCGCAGGCUCAAAGAUGCCAGGGUCACCAUCAAAUGAAAAGAUAUGUGGCACGCAUGCACCAGGGUGGCUGAAUGGACGACAUCCAUCCGUUGCUGAGGGAAAGGUAUCUAGAGAAGUCUGUUUCAACUGGGUUGGCAAAAAUUGUUUCUUUAAAGCCAACAUUGAAGUACGAAACUGCGAAUCGUUCUUUGUCUACAAACUGGUGAAAACGCCCGAUUGCAACCUCCGUUAUUGUGGCAGUGACUAGAAGAAGCAUGUCAUAGGCGUAGGGCUGAACCUUACAAUCAGAUUUACCAGAAUUUUACCAGGGAAAGAGAAAAUAUACUUAUAUCAGCCUUAUAAUACUUGAUAUCAGCUGGCAACAAAAGUUCUUUUUGUAAUGUGGAAUUAAAUGAUUAAAAAGGGAAAUAAAGAAUGAUGGUAGAUGUGCGGA